AUGUCCAUCCCCCCGCAGCCCACCCUCUUCCUCUCCCCCGCCAACGCCAACGCCCUCAUCUCAGACCACAGGCCCACCACCCUCUCCUCCCCCGCCCUCACAUCCCUCAACUCCCUCCUCGAUGAAGUCCUCGUCCACCUCAUCUCGGCUGCCCAGUCCAUCAACCCCCUGGAUCUGAGGAAGGAAGCCAUCCCAUCGCUGUUCCAUGCCGAAAAAGGUGCAGGGGACAGCACAGCUAUACAGUCGCUAGGACGAAGCGCAGUAUCCGAGGCAGAGGUCGAGCUGAGGAGCUGGAUGGAAGACCGUGGACCGACUAGAGGAUUUCCUCCAGGUGGCAAAGGUUCCGGGACAAGGAGCGAACGGGCGUUCCCAGUGCUACAGGCAGUGGAGUUGAUGCGCAUCAAAUGCGUAACAUUCAGCACGCUCGCGCCACCAGAAGCUGCAGACGCAAGUAAAGAGGAGCAGGCCAUCGACGAGUGGAAGACCGUCGGGGGAGACGCAACAGACGACACUGUCGAGCCGGCUGCACUUUGGCUAACAGCGGUCAUUGAACACAUAUGCGAACAUAUCCUCGCGCAACUAGCAAGAGUGGUUGCACGUGACUCUGGCAGCUCUGUUGCGUCGCCUCAAGACCUCUAUACUGCUCUCUGCGAAGACGAGUCCAUCUGGGGCGUCUUUAAGCGUAUGAAGGCCAAGGAACAAAUCGAAUUCACUAUUCGCGCCUCGACCCGCUCCAAGCGAUCCAACACCAGCCGGUCGUCUCCAGACAACCGUUCCAUCGGACGCGCCUCGCCCGCCCUCUCCUCCGCUUCUCCCGGCCGAGAUGUAUCCAUCGACACCACCCGCAGCGUCAGAAUGACAUCGCCUGGUAGCGCUACAGAGACAAAUGCGAUGGGAGGUAUAUCGGGUGGGCUCAUACGCAAGGGGUCUACACUCAACCGUCGAGGACACACCGGGUCACCUGUCAGUAAGGUACUCCAUUACGGGCAGCACCAUGAGCGCAACGGCAGUGUUCUCAGCAUAAACACUAGGUCAAUGUUGAGUCAGUUCCAAGAUUCGUUUGAGGACGACCAGACUGCAGAAGAUAUACAGGAAGCGCAACAAGAGUUCGACAAGCUUGUCAAGAGUGGCGAUACGAUGAAACUCGCAAAUGGGAAAGGCAAGAGGCCACAGACAUCCCCAUCCCCUGGCACGCCCAGCACACCCCCUGUACCUCCUCUCGCCCAUAUCGACAAGUCUCGUCGUUCUCAUUCCAUCAAUCGCGUACCUCCUCCGAUAGAUCCCAGUCCACUGCCUACAGAUCAACUCCCCGCGACACGACCCUUCGACGCUUCCUCGCCUCCCAGACCACCUCUCUCCUCCAAGCGGUCCCAAUCUGACAAGAGGCUCGUUGCGAGGACAGCAAAGGUCAUCGACGAGGAAGAGGAAGAAGAGGAAGAUCCUGCCGGUGUCCCGGACUUCCUCAAGUCCAAAUCCAAAAAGGAGAGCUUGAUGGAUAUCCUCGCUGGCGAUCCCCUCCCAGAGUCCAGCCACCCUCCAGCGAAGAGGACUGUCCCCGCUGUGGUACUCGGAACGCCUCCACCGGCUGCUCCGGAGAGCAAGCGGAAAGCCGCUCCUUCCCCUAUCGUAGUCGCACCCCAUGUGCAAAGACCGGGGCGAGUCAAGGAAGUCACACAAGUCGUGCCCGAAAAGGCUGUUGAGAAGGCCCAGCCUCCCAAGCCUGCCGAGCCCGCCGGAAGGCCGCGACGAAAGACGGACGCCCAAGAGUUAGCCGACUUUUUCAAUCUCGGGCCUCCCUCCGGUACAAGCAGCGCUGCGCCCACUCUCAGGACCGUAUCUUCAUUCCAACGGAAUGGUGGAAAGAAGCGUACAGAAGCUCAAGACCUAGCAGACUUUUUCAACUUUGAACCUCCCCCUGCUGCUCCUUCCCCGACGUCGGGCGAACAACCGCCUUUGACUGCAAAGUCAAACAGGUUCAGGGGAUUCAUGUCGAAAGUGACUGGUAGCGGAAAGAAGCGCGAUGCUGCCGAGGCAGAAAGGCACUUUAGGCAGGGUUCCACCGCAAAACCAGCCGCGCAUGGUCCCCUAGCAUCCUUGAGCCUGUCGAGACUCAACUCGGAGACUCCUUCUGCGCCUCCUGCGGUCAGUUCAAGCACUUUGCCUCCACACGAAAUGAGGCGACAGAAGAGUCUGGGGAAUAUGGACUCGGCGCCAUCGUCAUACAAGGAUGAUGCGCCUGCUCUCCCGGCCGCCCACACGCAAACGCAGACUGGUGUUCCCAGAAUACCUACUCCUCCAAAGGUCGAGUCUAUACCAAUCCCUGAGCCCAUCGAUGUGCCCCAACCUGUUGUCGCUCCAUCUCCUCCCCAGAAAGACUCCGCGAGGGGAAAAAAGGCUCUCCGCAAACCUUCUCUCAGCAAUCUUCGCAAAAUCAACCCCAAUCAGUCGUCUGCAGGCACGCCUAUAAGCGGACAAAGUGACGCCCCCCCCAGUGCCGUCAGCGCUGGUGCGAGUUCACAUGUGACGGUAGACCAAGUGGCUGCUGCUACAGCUGCGCUGGCCGGACUGGGGCUGGGUGUGGAUGACGAGAGGCGGGGUGAAGAUCCAGAAGUACCUGUGAGUAGCGUGACGACCUCUGUGACGAGCACGCCGAAUGGGAGAGAGAAGACCUCUAGGGGUAAAAGUAGGAGUCGAGCGGGGACCGUCAGCCAAACGAGGCCGAUCAUCAUACAGAAGACUACAUCUACAACUGCCAUCACCACAGCUGCUUCACCAAGCGAUCCUGCUAGUAAUGUUGGUACCUCGAGAGAACCAAAAAUGUCCACAGGGGCGUCCAUUGACAAGGCGGCAAGCACCUCACCAGUGAACGAGAAGGUAGACGAGGCGGCUGAGCCAGUAGCGGCAAAAGAUGCUUCACCGGAUCUGGUUUUGUCUGUAAAAGUGCCAACCAUAAAGGAGCCCUCUAUACCCCUUACCGACCUCCUCCCUCUCCGCUUGCUCCUCGCCCAUGCCACAUCAGCCACCGAAUGCCGUCUUCUACUGAACGCUAUUCUUACUCAAUUCGGUGUGCCCCAAGCUGCGCCGGCGUCUGCAAACCAAGACGCGAGUGACGAAGGAGCGGAAGAACGAGUCAUGGCGUGGCUCUUGGCGGGACGCGAGGGGCCUGUCGGGGAUUACGGCUAUCGUCAACCCCUUCCUGCUUCCUCCUGUGUCUCUGAACAAGGGGGGGGCGAAGAAAAAGAAGGCCAUGAGAAGGCAGAGUCUUGCGAGUCGACAAAGGAGGAUAGGAUUGUGACUCCGGUCCUCGGGUCGGAAGAGUUUUCCUAUGGAAGGAAGAUCGAGAGUGGGCAAAAGGGUUUUGAUGAGGAGGAUGUCGAGUACUUGGAUGCGGAAGAUAACCACAGGGUGGAAAUUAUAGUGUGA